AAAGGGGCUGUGCGUGCUGUGAUGGCUGUGUGGCGAAUGAAACAGUUGGUGUUCAAGUGGAGACAUAUCUGCAACCCCACCAUACCCAAGCAUAUCCCCCCAACAGCCACUCACAUGUCGACUGCUGCUGCGGCUGCUGCCAAAUCACUCUCUCAAAGCUCGCUCUCUGUCUACACUGAUGAAGCAAGAGGAAAAAUGGGAAACAACUCUUCCGAAAGGAUCACUUGUGGUAGUGGUCGUACCUGGAAUGUCAAGCACGGAUCCAACACCAGAAACGGACAGCCACAGCAAUCACUAGUCGAGUCAGUGGCUCUUAGCAACACUUCACAUUGCACGUAUACCAAAAGUCCUCAAAGUGGUCCAGCAAUCAACCAACAAUCCAAAAGAGGUGGUCACAAUCAGGGGUCACAAAAUGCUGCCAACCCAGGAUUCUGGGUACCUGCCACUUGUUCAGAAUCGAACGAAGAGACAGCUCACAAAGGUCAAACAGAGGUCAAAGUCACCAAAGGUCAAUCGGGGAAAGGUCAAAAGAAGCCAAAUAGUAACCAACCUGGAGGUCACUCGAGUGAACAUAACAGAACUGGGAGUGGCGACUUUGAAGAUCCUUUAGUGUCGCGUUACAGAAACAGACUGACAGAGAUGCAGCAUAAGCUGUCGAGUAUUAACUGUGACCUUGGCAAGAGCAAUCAGCCCCAACAAGGAAAAUCUUCAACUCACUCGCCUCAGCACAAGCGCUGAACUGAAUCGAGAUUGCUUCAGACGUUUAUCGGAUCUUCAGGAUUGUGAAACAUAUGCAGAUAUAGAUUCGUCGAUUCUUUUUUUUGUGAAAGCUACUUUGCAAAACUUUAUGCCAUACUACUUAAGUUAUAGAAGUUCGGAAAAAAGUGAGAGUAGUACAUAAAAUACUUGAAAAUUUGGGCUAUUAAAACUGUGCAAUUUAUUACAAGCGUUCCAAAUAGUUACACGUUGGACAGAUACUUAAACCUUAUGCAUAUAUUCGGAUUUCAUACGUUUUGCACAUAAUUGUUCGAAAAGUUUUAGCACGAGUUAUUUUGACGUUUUUUUUGUUAUUGAUACAUAGCUAAUAACAGGAUAUUUUCUCAGAAUGAUCAAUGAUGAUUUCGUAUUAUUUUAAUUGUUCAAUGAUUAAUUAAAUUUUGUU